AUGGAUGUAGCAGAUGCUCAUGUUGGCCAGCUUCGAGUUCGCGAUGAUGUAGGCAUUCGUUGUCAAAAAUUAUUUAUGGUUUUUUUGGAAGAAUUCAAAGAAGAAGGAGAGCUAAAGUAUAUUAAGACAGUUGCUCAGCUAAUCCAUCCCGAUCGAUCGACGUUGGAAGUAAGCUUCGAUGAUGUGGAAAAGUGGAACCAGACCCUGGCCACUGCCAUAAUCGAAGAAUAUUAUCGCAUAUUUCCCUUCCUGUGCUCGGCCGUAUCGCAGUUUGUGCGCGAUCGGACAGAGCUGACAAAACCGAAAGAAUGUUAUGUUUCGUUCGUGGACGUACCCACACGGCACAAGGUACGCGAGCUGGCCACUUCCAAAAUCGGAACGCUUAUAAGGAUCUCUGGACAGGUCGUACGCACGCACCCGGUUCACCCGGAACUGGUAACCGGUACAUUCGUGUGUGUCGAUUGCCAAACAGAGGUACGGGAUGUGGAGCAACAAUUUAAGUUCACCAAUCCGACUAUCUGUCGCAAUCCGGUUUGUGCCAACCGGAAGCGUUUUAUGCUGGACGUGGACAAGUCGUUGUUUAUAGAUUUUCAGAAGGUGCGCAUACAGGAAACUCAAGCGGAACUGCCGCGUGGUUGUAUCCCACGCUCACUAGAGGUCAUCUUGCGAUCUGAAAUAGUCGAAACUGUGCAGGCCGGUGACCGAUAUGAUUUUACGGGUACGCUUAUCGUCAUUCCGGAUGUGGGAGCGCUGCAGCUACCGGGAGCGAAAGCGGAAAUAAGUUCUCGACACAAACAAGGCGAUAAUGCUGCGGAAGGUGUGCGUGGGUUGAAGGCGUUGGGGGUUCGUGAUUUGAACUAUAAAAUGGCAUUUUUGGCCUGUUCAGUACAAGUCACAUCAUCGCGCUUUGGUGGCACUGACAUGCCGAUGAGCGAGGUCACGGCGGAAGAUAUGAAGAAACACAUGACGGACGCAGAGUGGAAUAAAAUUUACGAGAUGUCGCGCGAUGCUAAGCUUUACCAGAAUCUCAUUAACAGCCUGUUUCCGUCAGUGUAUGGCAACGACGAGGUGAAAAGAGGAAUUGUGCUGAUGCUGUUCGGGGGUGUUGCCAAGACAACACAAGAAAAGACAACAUUGCGCGGCGACUUGAACGUUUGCAUCGUCGGUGAUCCGAGCACUGCAAAAUCACAGUUCCUGAAGCAGGUUGCAGACUUCUCCCCGCGUGCAGUUUACACUUCGGGAAAGGCCUCAUCGGCUGCUGGUUUGACGGCGGCAGUGGUGAGGGAUGAAGAGAGCUUCGACUUUGUGAUUGAAGCGGGAGCACUCAUGUUAGCCGAUAAUGGGAUUUGUUGUAUUGAUGAAUUUGACAAAAUGGAUCCUCACGACCAGGUGGCGAUCCACGAAGCCAUGGAGCAGCAAACAAUUUCGAUCGCCAAAGCGGGUGUGCGUGCGACGUUGAAUGCACGCACCUCCAUUUUGGCGGCAGCAAAUCCAAUCGGUGGUCGUUACGAUCGAUCGAAGUCGUUGCAACAAAAUAUUCAGCUCAGCGCACCGAUUAUGUCUCGCUUUGAUCUGUUUUUUAUUCUCGUCGAUGAAUGCAACGAACUGGUAGAUUAUGCAAUCGCUAGAAAAAUUGUUGACUUGCACUCGCACAUUGAAAAUCGUGUUGAGCAAAUAUAUUCGCGAGAGGACGUUUUGCGCUACAUUUUAUUUGCGCGUCAGUUCAAGCCCGUCAUCAUGGACGAAGCCAUGGAAUUGUUGGUGGAAAACUAUGGACAUUUGCGGCAGCGCGAUACUGGCACGUCUGGUAAGAGCACUUGGCGUAUUACGGUACGCCAGCUGGAAAGUAUGAUUCGACUGAGCGAAGCAAUGGCAAAAAUGGAAUGUAGCGAGAAAGUCACUGUACAGCACGUGAAGGAAGCGUAUCGACUGCUGAAUAAAUCAAUAAUACGUGUUGAGCAGCCCGACAUUCACCUGGACGAUGAAGAAGCUGAUGAAGCACUAAACGACGUACUAAACACACCAGAAAACGAUGCAACGGAAGCAGUAAUGGGAAGCCAGACGGUGGAUGAGAAUGGGCAUGGUAGUCAACCCGUUGCCAAAAAAAAGCUUACGCUUUCCUUCGAAGAGUACAAAAACCUUUCCAACAUGUUAGUAAUACACAUGCGUAACGAAGAGAGUCGUUUUGAUUCGGAAGAAGCGGAGCUCGAGGGAAUCCGCAAGACUGAGCUGAUCAACUGGUACUUAGAGCAAGUGGCCGAUCAAAUUGAAUCCGAGGAGGAGUUGGUUGUGAGAAAAACUCUGAUCGAAAAAGUUGUGGAUCGCUUGAUUUAUCACGACCAAGUUAUUAUUCCACUGAAAAUGGCCAAACUAGGUGAAAAGGCUGCAACAGAAGAUGAAGAUCCACUGCUCGUCGUGCAUCCAAACUACAUCGUAGAAAGUUAAAGCAAAAUGUAUAUAUUGACAAAUGGUGUUUUUUUUAUUGUACUUCUAUUUCCUAAUAAACUGCUUUUUAUUCCAUUUACGAUUCGGACCAGAAAUAUUUUUCU